AUGGUGCCCACUCGAAGGUGCCUGCACCAGCCAGCUAGCACUCGCUCCUCCGGAGCCCGAGUGCCAGCUCUGGGGUGCAGCACUCCCUCCUCCGGGUUCAGCAGCGCCUGCCCCAAGAUUCCACAUUUGAAUAACCCAACGUCUUCCGUUUCUUUCGGCAGCCCUCGCGCUGGAAAAGAAGUUUGCUAUGAAAGGGUGGGGUGCUUUAGAGAUGGCGUACCAUGGACUGGGACUUUGUCGAGAGAGCUGGCAGGUUUACCCUGGUCUCCAGAGGAGAUAAACACUCGCUUUCUGCUCUACACUAGACGUAAUCCCAAGACCUAUCAGGAGAUCAGUGCGGUUAAUUAUUUAACCAUCCAAGCCUCAGACUUCGGAACAGACAAGAUCACCCGUAUGAACAUAGCUGGAUGGAAAACAGAUGGCAAAUGGCAGCAAGACAUGUGCAAUGUGUUGCUAAAAGUGGAGGAUGUGAACUGCAUUAAUUUAGACUGGAUUAACGGUUCGCUGGAAUAUAUCCAUGCCGUAAACAAUCUCCGAGUUGUCGGUGCAGAAGUGGCUUAUUUUAUUGAUGUUCUCGUGAAAAAGUUUGGAUAUUCCCCUUCUAAAGUACACUUGAUUGGCCACAGCUUGGGAGCUCACCUGGCUGGAGAAGCUGGCUCACGGACGCCAGGCCUUGGAAGAAUAACUGGGUUGGACCCAGCAGGGCCAUAUUUCCACAACACUCCAAAUGAAGUCAGGCUUGACCCCUCGGAUGCCAACUUUGUCGAUGUUAUUCAUACAAAUGCAGUUCGCCUCCUCUUUGAGCUUGGUAUUGGAACUAUCAAUGCUUGUGGUCAUCUUGAUUUUUACCCAAAUGGAGGGAAGCACAUGCCAGGAUGUGAAGACUUAAUUACGCCUUUAUUUAAAUUUGAUUUCAAUGCUUACAAAGAAGAAGUGACUUCCUUCUUUGAUUGCAACCAUGCCCGAAGUCAUCGCUUUUAUAUUGAAAGCAUCCUCAAUCCUGAUGCGUUUAUUGCUUAUCCUUGUAGAUCCUACGAAUCUUUUACAGCAGGAAAUUGCUUCCAUUGUCCCAAAGAAGGUUGUCCAACGAUGGGUCAUUUUGCUGAUAGAUUUCAUGUCAAAACUGGGAAGCCUAAUAGAUCAUAUUAUUUUUUAAACACAGGGGCUCUUUCCCCAUUUGCUCGUUGGAGGCACAAAUUGUCUGUUAAACUCGCUGGAAACAAUGUCACUCAAGGGACCAUUUUUCUCCGUGUGGGUGGAGCAGCUGGGCAAACAGAAGAGUUAGUGUUGGCCAGUGGAACACUGCAGCCAGGCAUGACGUAUACCAAAUUAAUUGAUACCGAUGUUAACGUUGGAAACAUUACAACUAUUGAGUUCAUUUGGGAGGAACAUUCGUUUGAACAUUCUCAGAACAAGUUGGGAGCAGAAAUGGUGACAGAUAGAUCCGGAAAAUAUGGAUAUGAAUCUACCUUCUGUAGUCAAGACAUUAUGAGACCUAAUAUUGCCCAGAUCCUGGAAUCAUGCUAAUCCCAGAUAUAGUUUUGAUGGAUUUAUUUAAUGGAAGCAACGAAAAAAAGAAUCUCCUUCCAGUUGGUAUCCAGACCAAACUUGGCCUUUGUAAGCGAGAGAAAA